AUGCCGAGGAGGCUUCCUCCCAUGGAAAACCCAUACCUAUUGGGACUGAAAGGGUCCUGUGGGCUCGAAGAAACGCUGGAAUCCAGGAACUGCCUGGCCAGAGAACAACCUAAACAACAAGAGCUCCAGCCCAAGAAACCACCCACCAACAGAACUGCCUGGGCCAGAGAACAACCUAAACAACAAGAGCUCCAGCCCAAGAAACCACCCACCAACAGAACUGCCUUGGCCAGAGAACAACCUAAACAACAAGAGCUCCAGCCCAAGAAACCACCCACCAACAGAACUGCCUUGGCCAGAGAACAACCUAAACAACAAGAGCUCCAACCCAAGAAACCACCCACCAACAGAACUGCCUGGGCCAGAGAAUAG